CGGAGCGCAGCUCCCUGCGUCUCAAACAGGAAGUGUAACCAUGGCAACGGGCGCAGGCGGCUAGAAGCCAUUAAAAUUAAUCAAAAGGAAGAAUGAAAACAAGAAAUAAAAUAAUAGUCAUGAAAUACUUUUUAACCAUCUUUAAUGGAAUUUCCUUGAUUUUUGGUCUCAUGGCUUUUACAUUCGCUCUGUGGCUUUUAUUUGACAGAAACAACUUAUUCACCGCUUUAUCUUUCACAGGUGAGAACCACUUGGUAUCUUAUCUUUGUUACAUAUUGCUUGGCACUGGAUCCAUCAUUAUUUUUAUUUCAUUCUUGGGAUGCAUUGGAAGUUUCAAAGAAAUCAGAUGUUUACUAGUUCUGUAUAUGGGUCUCACAGUCGUGGUCUUCAGUGUCCAAGUUGCAAUACCAGUGCUAAUAUACACAUUCAAAAAAGAGGCCAAUGCUAUGUGGAGUGAUAGACUUGAUGCAGUUAUUUCCAACUAUGGGAAUAAGAAUCUGACUCAAGAAGAACAUGCAUGGCAUAUUCUGAAUGAUGUACAGCACAGUUUGGAGUGCUGUGGAAGAUACAACUUCUCAGACUGGAAAAAGAAUGAGCAUAUGGAACAUGUAAAUCAGGUCCCGUGCUCAUGUACAAUAUCUAAUAUCAAGAAAUGGUUUUGUGUUGCUUCAGAAACUUCAGUGUACAGUAAAGGAUGUGAAGAGUAUAUUAAAAUGUGGUUUGAAAACAACACUCUGUUCUUAAUUGCAGUCAAUAUUGGGCUGUUAGCUGUGCAGAUUCUCUUGUUCAUUUUAGCUGUAUGUCUGUCCAGAAAUAUCAAGAAGAAGAAAAUUUGCCCACAGGAUUAA